ACCUUCUGCGCAGGCUCCAGUGCGACCUCGAGGUUCGCCCAUUAACCGGUCUGUUCUUCCUCCUAUCACCCGCCCUGGACAACCUCGUUCCCCUCUGCCUCGCAUAUCACGCCCUAAUGCACCACGAUUGACUCCAAAUCUUGAAGACGCAUCACCUAUGCGAGAAGGUAGGGGAGGCAUGAGACCCGCACUCAAUCUGGCCCAACUGGGAUUAGAAUCAAAGCCUACUGAUACGCCUUUCGCCAACUUCUCUCGAUAUGUCGACCCAUCUGGAAAAUUGAACUUUGCUGGUAAAGCCAUCAUUCACGCCGAUGGUGUGGAUUUUAGCAACGGCAGUAGUUUCAAAAUUAAAAUGGAUGAACUCGAACUGAAGGAAGAACUUGGAAAAGGUCAAUAUGGAACGGUACAGAAGGUGUUUCACAAAGCUACCAAUGUUGUGAUGGCAAUGAAGGAAAUUAGAUUGGAACUCGAUGAAGCUAAACUCAAUCAAAUUUUGAUGGAACUUGAUAUUCUCCACAAGAGUACAAGUCCAUUUAUCGUGGAAUUCUAUGGCGCCUUCUUUAUCGAAUCAUGUGUAUAUUAUUGCAUGGAGUACAUGGAUGCUGGUUCCCUUGAUAAGUUGUAUGGAGAUGGUGUUCCUGAGGAAGUUCUGUCCAAGAUUGCAAAUAGCAUGCUUCACGGAUUAAAGUUUCUCAAGGAUGAACUAAAUGUCAAACCUACAAAUGUACUUGUUAACAAGGCUGGUCAAGUCAAAUUGUGUGACUUUGGUGUAUCUGGACAACUAGACAAAUCAUUAGCAAAAACAAACAUUGGUUGCCAAAGCUAUAUGGCUCCUGAACGUAUUCAAGCUGUCAAUACCUAUAGUGUCUCCUCGGACGUUUGGUCGCUCGGCCUGUCUCUUGUUGAGGUUGCUGGAGGAAAAUAUCCCUAUGAAAACGAUAAUAUGUUCGCUCAGCUGAAGGCAAUCAUUGAUGAAGAACCACCUAAACUACCUACUCACUUUUCUGAGGAAGCACAUUCCUUUAUAUCCGAUUGGUACGUGCCAUUCAAUCUUAUCUAUGCAUAUCUUCCUAUGGAUUUGUAAGCUAAACAUCACUUCUACCUCUAGUCUUCGGAAAGAUUCUACCCAACGUCCUACCUAUUCCCAGCUACUGCAGCA